CUCGCCAAGAGUUCAGAUCUGGAAAAGCAGGAAAAUCCUGACAUAAUCAGCAAAUUUAUAAAGUGACAUUUUUACGUAUAAAAUGGCUAUUCCAUUUUUCGAAGAAGAGCACUCCGCAAAGUCUGAACCGAGUGGCGAUCAAGUGGAUGGUCCUAUGGCAUUCUCAAUAGAUCCUGGACACGACCAGGUGGACUUCGAAGGUCCUCCGUCUGCAGCCGAGGAAAUCCCCCAGCCAGCAGCAACAAGUGAGCCAGUUCCACCUCCGAGCACCGAGGAGCAACUGUUGGCCUGGAAAUUCCUGGCCAUCACCAUGUGCAAGGUACUGAAGCAGUUUUACCAACACCACAAGGCACCCGGAAAAUCCAGCAAACUAAUGGCCACCGUUCAAAUUCAACCGCAGGCGCAGUAAAAACUUUGGAAAACACAAUUAACACCAACUAAGGCUCCUAAAAGCGCAACUUGUGAUUUCUUUACGUUGGUGAGAACUAGCGCAGCCCAUGAAAAUUUUUGAGAGAGAAAGAGCGAGACAGUGACAGAGAAAUGUGAAUCAAUUUCCCAAGGAAAAACCCAGAAAAGAAUAGUUUUUAUAUAUGUACUUUCUUUGUUGGAAAUUAUUCCUGCCCAUAGUUUCUUAAUUGCCGUCGGUAUACAAAAAAAAAAACCCUAAACUUUGGAUAAGCGCAAAUGUGAUAAAUAAUUUUGCUAAAAAUAUUUCCAGUCCAAGUAAUUGUUUAGUAAACUUAUUUAACUUAAUUUUACUAAUUUAACUGAAUAAGUUAGGUUCUCUUAGAAGGUCGGCCCAGUGCAAACAAAAAUGGAAAAAGUACGAAAAAAAAUUGGAAAAUUGAAAAGAAGAAAAUUAAUACUAAAUUUUAUAAGCAGCAGCUAGUUUUCAAAUCGAAACCAACUUAGUUGAUAAGCCAAACUAUUCUAUAUUCUAUAUCUACAAAUAGUUACGACAAACUUUUUACAAACAACUCUCUUGGUGUCUAUUUAUGGGGAAAAUUUUAAUGUUUCAAAUUCCUAGGUAGAAUGCUUCUUCAACUUAGCAAAUAGUUAUUGAAAUAUAUUUUUAAAAAUUCCAAAACAUAUAUCUAUAUUUUUAUAUUUACUUUGCCAUCGAUGUAUAAGCUGUGUGUGUGUCAAUUUAGUUAUUAAAUCUUAACUUAUAAGCAAUAUGUGGCUAAGACUCUAUGCGGAAUAAACCGGAGAAGAGACGCAUUUUCGCGUCACGAGCAUAAACAUAGUACAAGUUCAAAAGUAGAAAUAUUUACAUAAAUAACCCAAACUACACUUUCCUUUAAGUAAUUUAAAUGUAAGCUAAGUA